AAGAAACUGCUAUUAUAAUACAAAUACUGGUUGACCAAGAUACAUUAUUUUAUAAACACAGUUUUGUUUUAUCUAUUAUAUACUGUAAAAUAAAAGUUGUUUCAAUUUAAAAAGUAGGUUACGUAGUUGCCUUAACAUUUUAUGUUAAUUCAACAUAAAAAAAUUAAGUUGACACAACCAUUUUUACAUAACUUUUUCAGUUAGGUAAUAUUUUUAAGAUGAAUUAACUUAAAGCCAGUUAAAGGGAUAGUUCACCCAAAAAUGAAAAUGCUUCAUAAUUUACUCACUCUCAUGUUGUUACAAACAUGUAUACAUUUUUAUUGUUCUGAUGAACACAAAGCAAGAUAUUUUGAGAAAUCUUUGUAACCAAACUAUUCUUGGACCCCAUUUACUUCCAUAGUUUUUUUUUUAUGCAGGUUUGUAACAAUACAAGAGUAAAUGAUGACAGAAUUUUCAUUUUUGGGUGAACUAUCCCUUUAAACUGAUGAUUUUUGAAAAACACUUUGAUAAUGGGAGUUGGGCUGAGGACCAAAACAUACUUGUAGCCAAUCAGCAGUAAGGGGCGUGUCUACUAACCGACAUCUUUGCCUGGGUUGCGUAUGUGUGGGGCGGGUCUAUCAAAAGAAGGUCCAGAUUCUAUUGGGGUAGGGACGUGUUUGUUAAGGUGAUUUCAAAUGUCAACAUUGGCUUUCAGAGAUUAUGCACCCCCUUUAAACCAAAGAUUUUUUGUUUGAGAUUUUGUGAAAAGUUGGAUCAACUUAAAAAUUUACUUUAAUUGGUAACACCUACGAAUUUUGUUGAUCCAACUUUUCUCCUUUUAUAGUGUAUAGGCUCAACUACUUUACUAUGAAACAAAAGAUGACAAAUGUAAGACCUUGAUUCAAUUAAAGUAAUAAUUAUUCUCUUGAGUGAAUAGAGAAAACUCUUAGUAAGGAAUUAACAUUGUCAGCAAAAUAUAGCCUUUGGGCCUUUAAAAAAGUGCUUAAGCUGAUACACCUGUACCACCUGUUUGACUUUAAACAUAGCAGGUAUACGUCAGGUGGAGGUAUUUUCCUGCUGCAAGGACUUAGGUUUCGUUUAAAACUUUAAAUACAGGAUCACCAGAUCACACCCUAAAUGUGCCAGCAAAAAAAGUUUGCCAGUAAAAUGAAACCUCAGGAUGAAGUGACAUGGCAGGGAGGAGCUUAGACUUGAAGUGCUUGUUGGUGCAUUAGUCUGUCUACAGAAUAUCUUUAACCAGGAAGUAGGUUGACGUGAACAUACAUCAGAGAGUCAAGCACUGUACCUGAGAUCUUCAGUUUUUCAAAGCUUCGUAAUGGAAAGACAGAGAAAUCCAACUUCCCGUGGAACUACUGUAGAUGAUGUCCUUGUUUCCCCUGAGCUGGACCGCAUGAUCAGGCAGAGAGGCAGAGACCUUCGCCUGCGUAAGACUGACCAACAACAAGCUGUGAAACUUGUCAAUCAUCUGAUUGAUAGCCUAGUGGAUUUCCUUAAAAACAAUGAAGAUCAGGCCUUUUUCAAAGAGGUCUCUGUUCUCACCAGUGGCAGCUACUAUGAGAUGGUGAAGAUCAACAAACCCAACGAGUUUGACAUUAUGCUGAAAUUUAAAGUACCAAGGCUUACGUUUUCCAGUCUUGAAGAUUAUAAUGGAGUGUUUUAUAAGGUGAAGCUUUACAAACCCACACGUUUGAAUAUCCAGAACUUUCUUUUGGAAGACGACUUAACUAUCUCAGCAACCAAAAUCAAAAAAGAAAUGCAUCGUUUGGUCCGUAAAUUCAUUAGCAACUAUAAAGGUGAGGGUUGCUGGAUAAUACACAGAUCACAAAUGACCUCCCCUGCAGUAACUCUUGAAUUAAAACCCAAAAAUGAAGAAGCGGAUGUAUUGUCUGUAGACAUUGUGCCUGCCCUUGAGGUGCCACAGGGUUGGCCACAAGCUGCACGGGCAGGUCCAGAUAUUGACAGGUGGCUUGGAAAGCGAUGUCGCCGCAACUUCACCAGUAAGGCCGUUUACUUUGUCCCAAAGGGACCAAAAGCGAAAAACCUCAAAGAUGAGGACAAAGAGAGCUGGCGGAUAUCCUUCUCUCACAUUGAGAAAGAGAUGAUCCAGUAUCAUGGAAAUAAACGAACAUGUUGUGAGGGUCCUUCCAAUAAGUGUUGCCGGAAACUUUGCUUACGACUUCUCAAGUGUCUAAUUGAGGGACUGAAGCAGCAUCAUCCCAAAGAGCUUGAUGCACUGUGCUCAUACCAUGGUAAAACAGCCUUCUUCCACACGCUGUCAGUCAGAGCGCAGGACUCUCUUUGGUCUCCUGGUCAGGUGUCCGUCUGCUUCAUGAAGCUUUUUGGAGACUUUGAACGAUGUGCACAAAGUGGUACACUGUUUCACUUCUUUGUUCGCGAUCAUAAUCUUUUCUCUCCGCCUGCCUUUCCGAAGCGGAGUCUUGUGUUUCUGACAAAUGCUCUGAAGGAGCAAAGAGAAUCAGGUUUUCCUGUUUUGAGGAUGCCAAGUCCUGCCUUUGCUCUUGUUCCUGACAAAAGCCCUGUAAUUUGUCCAAAUUCAAUCAAUGGCACAGAAAGUAUUGCAGACUCCAAGCAUUAUUGUAGGCAAUUGAGUUUAGUAUGUGUUGUUGUGGUAAUUGGAUAUUUAUUUAGUAGCUUUGGAUUGUCAUUUUUCAGAUAGGUUCCAGACACAGAAUUUAGUAUGGUGCAAACAACAAAAUUUGAUGUCCAGGUAUGUGGAGGUUAAUGAAUUUAAAAAAUAAUCAAUGCAGUUACAAUCAAAUUACACAUUUAAUUAAUAAGUUUAAAUUAUUUAAACUACUAUUUUACUUUUUUGCACUAUGAGAAACAAUGUUUGUACACAUACUUUAUGACUGAUCAUGGCUGAUUGUGGAAAUUAACACACUACCAAAUUAUUGUAAAUUUAAAUUACAAUAUAAUUCUAAAUUAUUAUAAAUUAUUGAUAUUUAAUGAUCAUGGUGCCAAUGACUAAUAUAUAUGAUUCUAAAAAAGAUAGCUUUUAUAAAGAGGAAAUAGAAGAAAUAAAGGAUUGGAUCUUUUACUUUGUACAAACUGUGUGUGCUUCAUUACAUAAAAUAACCUAACUAAGUUCAGCUUUGCAUGAUUUUUAGAAGAAGCUUCAAGUUUCAUUAUAACAGACAAACUGUAUUUUUGUAUCACAGAAAAUUUCUGUAAUUUAUUGUGCCCAUUAUUUUACAGUAUUUUUCUGGCACCCCAGCUGUUUUUUACGGAUUUUUUUUACAGUGACAUUCAUGGUAUAGUGUCUGAUUUAAUCAAAAUCAUAUUUUGUUUAUUACUGACUAAGUUAUUAUGCAAUAUGACAAAAAAAUGUACAUAAUAAACAUUUUAAAUUAGUGGCCGGUUGCAUAAACAUAGCCGUGACGUUAAGACUGCGUCUUAAGAAUGAUUCUGACUAACUAGCAAUUAGUUAGGGCUAAUCAGUCUUAUUAUUUGGAUUUAAAUUAGACCAAUCUACCUUUCUAUGUAACACAUUUAAAACAGUUAUGAUCAGUCUUGAAGAAAAAAAUUCAUGACUAACUUUUAAGAUUAGUCUUAAAGGUUUAUGCCACCGGCCACAGAUCCGCUACUUAGGGGAGAGUGGGGCAAAGUGAGACAGUGGGUAAGUUGACCUACCCCCUGUAUCUAGGCAAACAUACCGAUUUGUAGCCAUGUGACCACAAAUCCAGGUAGCAACCAUCAUUUCUAUUUGGUUAUAGUAGAGAGAAUCACAUGUUAAAGAGAUAAGUAUGAUUUUUUUUUUUACAAAAAACAGUUUUUAUCCUAUCAAAGUAAAGUUCAUACAUGUCAGGUAUAAUGGCUGUUUAUGUCAAAGCAGAUUUAUCCAGAUCUAAAUAUUUAUACCAUGCAUAUUGGUAAUAGGCGAAUGUAUAAAACCGUGUCAAUGAUUCAGCUAAAGAUUAGCCUGAAUUACUAAACUAAGUUUUUCCCAAAAUGGUGGCUGUGGGGCAAAGUUAACCAAAUGCUGUGCAUUUCUGUGUAGUUUCACACAACUUUUUUGUUCCUUUUUUUAAACAUUUUAGAAAACAUAUCAAGCCAAGACUUUACAAUUUUCAUUUAUUUUGUUUUAUGCAUUUGGCAAGUUACCUUUAAAGGUGCCAUAGAAUAAAAAAUGUAUUUAUCUAGGCAUAGAGUUCAGAGCUAGGGUUUUAAAUGGACAUGUAAAAACUUUCUGGAUUAUUUUUGCACUUAAUAAAGUUUCAUACCUUCUAUGUAAAUAUCAAAACAAAUUUAACAUAUUAUUUCAAUGUAUUCUUUGGCACCUUUAAAAUUACAUUCAAGUGUUUUUAAACUAUGUCCAGUUUUAAACAAAAGUUAGUGGGUCAGAUUACCCAUUCACAUGGAUCAACCUACCCCAGAGCCCUUUUUUUAGGAGACACCUUUUCAAAGCCAUUUGUUAUUGAGGCAUUAUAUCAUUUCAUUUGACAUGAGAGAUCCUUAAAUAAAGGUUGGUGUUUUUUGUUUGA